AGGCCCAUUCCCUAUUUUUCUUUCUCUCUCGCGCGCCUCUUCUUCUCCAUUGUAACUGAACCAGAAUUCUAGACCUAGUCUUCUUCAGUUCUUCAUUUCUUCUUCUGGGUUGAACUCCAUAGUCGCCAUUGUUUCAACGGCUGGAGAAGCUGGAGCAGGAGCGGCUGGGACCACUGAAGUAGACAACGACACAAGGGUUAGAAAGAGUAUGUUUUGCUUGUCUGAAAUUGAACAUACGCUAAGGCUACCACCUAGCCUCCUCAACCUUCCUCUCCACGAUGCAAUCAAGGGCGAGCUUGAAACUCUCUUCAUAGAUAAGGUAAUCUCAAAUUUAGGGCUGUGUAUCUCCAUUUAUGAUAUCAAGGAAAUUGAUGGAGGUUUUAUCUUUGCUGGACAUGGUGCCUCAACCUAUACUGUGAAGUUCAGAAUGAUAAUGUUUCGUCCAUUCAUUGGAGAGGUUAUCACUGCUGUACUCAAAGAAGCCGAUGCUAAUGGUGUACGCUUGUCAGUUGGGUUUUUUGACGAUAUCUAUGUACCUGCUCAUAAGAUGCUGGACAACUCGAAAUGGCAGGAUGAUCCAGAGCUCUCGGGAUAUCAUACUUGGUUGUGGACGUAUGAAGAUUCAACUUAUUCUAUGGAUGAUACAGACGAGAUUCGUUUUAAAGUUGAGAGGGUACACUAUCCAGCAAUACCAGUUGUAGAAGCCAGCAACUUGAAAGCAAUUGAAGAAGGCGGUGAUUCAAAACCAAAUGAACAAGAAAACGAUCACCUGAAAAAACCUUUUGCUCCCAUGGUGAUAACUGUAAGUUCAUCUCCAGUCUAUUUUUCACUUCUGCUUAAAGCCUUGUUCUAUCUUGGGUUAUUUUGAUAAUUACUAGAUUAUUAUUUCAAAAUAAUCUUGAUCUG